AGGUUCCAACCCGUGCCCUGUUCUAUGUGUUUCUUGUGAUGUCAGACUUCAUGGCACUGCACUUCUUCUUCCUCAUUCGGACAGAAGGCUCUUGGCUAGAAAUUGGGACAUCACUCAGCCACUAUGUUAUCUCAAUGGCUACUACACUUUUCCUGAUUCUUCUCCUCUUCAUGGCUAAAUUCCUCACCAAUGUCUGCCUCAGAAAACCAGCAAAAGAAGGAGAGUUUGUUUUGCCACAAGUUAGUGUUGGCAGACCUCAUAGAGAUUAAAAGAGAUACUGACUUCCCUGGUAGUCCUGCCAUACAUUGAUUUUAUAUUUAGACUGAUUACAUAUAUAAACCAUGAGAAAAAGACAUUUUGGGAGGUUCUGUUUGAAUAAAAACCGAACACUGUGGUUAUCUAAGCAGUCUACUAAUUAAUGAAUAAGUUUAACUUUCUUACUAACUUUUUUAUGGCAACUCUGUGGUGAAUAAUUGCUGAUGUUUUUUUAUCCUUAGAUUGAUGAUCAAUUUUGUCCAUUGAUAAAGAGAACCAAACAUUGUUUAGAUAUUAAAUUUUCGAAGUGGAACUCAGUAAUUCCAAUCACGUAUUAUUUGAUAUUUGCUGGAAAAGAAAAGAAAAAGAAGUUACAAAACUUUUUUUGCAACCUAAUAAUUUUUCAGAAAUGGAAGUACUCUAGAAAUGAAUUUUGUUCUGUAUAUACUGCUUCUGUAUUUUAUUCUUCUCCAAUGGAAGAAGUGAUAUGUAUUAUUUAUAUGUAAAUCAUGCAGAUCUGUAUAAUUUUUUAUAUUUGGGAUAUAGUUGAAACAUUAUUGGCUGUCUCUGUUGGUUUCUCAUUGGAAUGUAAAAGGACAACAGUUUUUUUAUCUUCUUGAGUUGGUGCACAGUCAUUAAAGACACUAUCAGGGAUAUAUUUUUGCUGUUAUUUUUAGUUAUUUUUUUAAUAAUAGGCUUGUGGUAAGAAAGAAAAGAAAAAAGGCAAAGCAGUCACUCUUAACCGAUCAGCUAGAAAGUUUUGGCCCUGAAAUUAGUCACCAAUGUUAAAAAUAUAAACUUUGUAUGUGUUUAUUCUGUUUUUAUUAUCCAUGAUGAUUCCAAAUUCACAUCUAGAAAUUUAUAUUCCUGAAAUGUCUGCCUUAGAAGUUUUAUAUGGAAAUUAAGAUUUCUAACUUUUGUUGGUGAAUAUCCAUCAUCUGAAGUUCUAGCUACUUAUUAGUAUUAAACAUUGUGUUUUUAAUCAGCUAUAGCCAGUUAUAUUCACAUGUUGUCCAAGUGUGAUCCAUUUUCAUGAAAGCUAGCUCAUACCCUUUUUUACUCAGUUGACAGAGAUAUUGUGUAGUGUUUUAUUUUUGUCAAGAUUUUCCAUGCAGGGGCUAGAACAGUAACUUGUAUUUUGAAGAACUUUAAAUUUGGCAGUGUUAUCAUUUUCUUAUGUAGAUGCCCCUCCAUGGUCAGUCCAUGGUCAGGACUCAACCUCACUCAUUCCGUAAGAUACCCUCUUGGUUCUCAGGCGCAUGAAUUACCACUGCACGACUGUUGCUACUGUAAUACUUUCAAUUUGCCGUUUCAGUGUUAGCCUUCAUGUCUUUGUGUGUUCGUUUUUAGACCAUGUCUUUUUGUUUUUCUAUAGAAAGUAAUCAAAUUGUAGUCUUAUGAUCUUGAAGGCCACAGUAGUUUUAGAUAUAUUGUUUAUCAGAAGGCAAGCAGGAAGUCCAUGAUUUUGUUACAGCACAUCCUAUUCCAGUUUUUUGAAGGUGCAAAGGUUUUUCUUGAAAACAGGAAAAUUUUCAUGACAUUAUAUUCUUCUAUCUGAUUGUUAACCAGGAAUGCCUUAGUGUUUUUAAGUGUUUUGAAUGUUAAUGGACAUUCCAUGUUAUACAUGGAAUGUCCACUUUGGUUUUGAUUUAUCAAUUCAUUUACACAGAUGGCUCCAAAACCACCUUGUCACCAAGGAGUCAAUUGCUAAGGCUAUUUGACCUCCCUUGUUUACCUCAUUCCUUGAAUUUUCAGAACCCCCUUUUUUAUUAUAAUUUUUGUUUUUGGUAAUGGAAUAACAAUAGAGAUAAUUCAGCUAUUGAUAAUGCAAGUGAUGACAAUAAUAGUAAAAGUAAAAACUUGACUUUCCUGAAUAUUCAAGGAAUAAGGCAAACAUGUACAAUCAGGUAGGCUCUGCAACUAACUUUUUGGUGACUAAGAACAUGUGAAGCCAUUUAUGUCUAAACUAAAUUACCCAAACAAAACCACAGAAGACUGUGUUCCUUGCACUAAGAGGUUCACAUACCCACUAAGGUAGAACUAUGAUUUAUCAAUUGCAAGCAGUAGCAUAGCAACCUUGCACAAAAUCUCUUCUAACAUGACAAAGGAUCACAGUUUGAACAUAUACUAAAUCUAGUCUAUUAUUAACACUAUCGAAACAGUGUGGCACUUCAAUAUCUCAAGUAUUGAAUGCACAUCUGAACUCCAUAGUUAUGUGUAAUGAAUAUAGCUUGUACUAUAAUUCAUAAUUAUGACCCUUAAAUCACAAAUUCUGUUAAACCACUUUGUAUUCUUGUCAAAUGCAAUUAUCUAUUUAUGUUACAUUUUUAUUUUUGCCUAGGCUUCUAACUUUUUCAUUUGUUUGUUUAUACUUUAAAGCAUUUUCCCACCAUUUUAAGAGAAAUUAAGUGGCAUUUGAACAUGUAAUUUAGUCAUAUCCCAAGACUUUAAGGUCAGCUUGUUUGAUUGACAGUGAUGAAAAAAGUAGAAAAGGAUGAAUUCAGUUUGGACUUGUAGUGCACAAACUUUACUUAUAUUAAAUGUCAUUUUUAUGACCAGUUGCUCCUAUUUUUAUGGUAUUUUUAAGCAUGAUAAAAGAGAAGAAAGGUAUUGCAUUGACUUUGUGCAUGUUAAAUCCUUCUUAUCCAUUUUUUGUAAUGGUAGUUGUAUAUCUGCAUUUUAAUAUUCUUAUGGAUUUUUUUGUAAUGCUCAAAAGCAUGCAUGAACCUGAAGUUAUGAACCAAAUACCCCUUGCUUUUGAUAAAAUGUUUUUGCGUAAAGGCUCUGUUAUUUUCAAAUCAUUAACUAAGUGGUGCCAGGAGUGCCUCUCUACUGUUAUUGUUAUAUUGAUUUGUGUAAAUGCAAUAUUUCUUUUCAUUUUACCCCCAAUCCCAUGUCUGUUGUUAUUGUGGGGGGCAGUGGAGACAUGAGCCAAGGUUCAGUAUUGAGGAUCGACCCUACCUUGACCCUCAGUCCUUGGCUCAACUGAUUUUGCAUGUUUUUUUUUCUCCAUUUUUCCAUCUUUACUCCAACCUUCUUCUUCUACUCACUUCUUAAAGUGUAAGAGCCAUGCUGAAAGGAUGAAAGGCUGUCUUUGUGUCAGUCCAGAAUGGCUACAGGGAGCCAAGAGCUCGGUAUUACCUUGGUUGGUUCCCUUGCCUUACCCCACAUGGGGACCCUGAGGGUUAAACCGGUUCUCUUCCCCAAAUACUUCAGGUUCACCAAAGCCAAUGAUGGAGAUUUUGUACCCUUAUUUGGUACAUUGAGGCUUGCCCCAUUAUCAGCUAGCCUAUUUGAAAUUAACUCCUCUGGUUUCCCAUUCCCUGACUCUCCUUUGAUCACAUCUCUGAAUAUUGCUAUUGCUACCCCUCUAGGAUGCUUGCUGACAACUUGAUCCAUUCCGAAUCAUCCACCCAGGUCAACCUCAAUCUUCCUGCAACAGUCUUCUUUAUUUUCUGCCCCCUCCUCCAUAUUGUCCUUCUAGCUGCAGCACUACCUCUCUCCAACAUUCCCUCUUCCUUCUGUCCUUGUCCUUCUCCAAAUUCCACCUUUACAAACCUUUUGAGUACUCUUUAUAGGCCAGUGAAAUGGGAUUGCUUUUUUUGUGAUUCACCCUACAGUCACUCAUUCUGACAAUAGCAUCUUCCAACAGUGUCCCCUAAAACAAGUUGGCAAAGUUUCCUUCCUCAGCCGGUCUGAUCUUUUAGCCUAGUCACAGGUGCAUCUGAGUCCCAAGUUCAUGCAUUAUCUACCCAGACUGACUCCUGUGGCAAAAUUAUUCUUGCCUAGCUCACUCCUCCCUUAAUACUUGUACCGGAACUGUUUUCAUCUCUCUGACUGAUUGCGGUGUUUACCAAAAAGGUAGUCAGAUUGGGAAACGACCUGCUUGCCUGCCUCAUUGACUGUGAUGCAGUAUCAGUACAGUGCUACUUUCUUCCCCCCAAAGGCCGCCGAAAGUACAACAUUAAUAUUGGUAAGAUUACCUUACCAUGAAGUUUAUAUUGGCGUCGAAUCCUGCCCUACUCUGACCGACCACAUUGGCCUUUUCUCCUUAAGGGUCAGAAAUGGCGUUUUAGCUAUCCAACCAAGCACUAUCGCUUCACAGCCCGAUGCCCUUAUGUGGUUAACCUUAUCAUUCAUCACCCAAAGUUAUUUGCGCGAUAACACACAUACCAAUAGUGGUGGAUCCUACGGUGUAUCUUAUAAGAGCUGCCCUACCUUUAAGUUUGAGUCUGAGACAGUAGUUCAACUUGGUCUCACUUUACACGAGGCCAAGCAGGAACUACGCCGAUGUGUUUUUUCUUUCUUCCUCGUCACCUAACUAUUCCUUCCUAUAGUGAUGGUAAUGAUAGCGACAGUAAUAAUAGCAGUGAUCAUAUAAAUAUUUUCAAACACAAGAAUUAAAGGAAACGACUUCUUGGUGUACUUGUAGACCCAUCACUGUUUAAAACAAAAUUAUUGAAACUGUAUGUAUCCAGCAUCAGUGAAUUGAUUUAUUUGGUGUUUUGCCUUUGUUUUCUUUCCUCAAACAUUCCCUACCAUGUUGAUAUUGUUGAUAGUAUAAUACUGACGUCUUUUACACUUCUGCUGCGAAAAAUGUAUAUCGACAUUGUAAUUUGUACUGUUUUGUUUUAAUGUCAUUGUUGUUUUUCAUUAUCGUUAUGGGUUCUAUAUAUUCCUGAGACGAAAACUCUCCUGUGUAUAUACUAUUUCAGCCUGCAAUUCCUUUUUGAUAAGAAAAAAAAAUGUUUGUGUCCUA